AUGAAAUUCGGCAAGAGUAUACAGCGAGAGGCAGGGAAAAACUGCCGCGUCAGAUAUAUCGACUACAAAGGCUUAAAAAAAAACAUCAAACGCGCUUCUUCCCAUCUCGAGAAACAGGACUACCGUCUGUGCGUCGAGGCUUUGCAGAACUUCCACGUGGGCCUGGAGCGCGAACUGGGGGAGGUGCGGCGUACGUACACCAGCCAGCUGCAGGAGGUCCGGAAGUCGAAGGACGUAGUCUGCUCACUUUUGUCAGAUCUGCGCGCCUCGCUUCCGCAUCGGCCCCUCGGGGAAGCCGCUUCGCUGCCUCGGGACGCCCUCCGCGGACUUGCGGGAGAGGAGACUUCGGCCGAUGGAGGCAGCGCGAGUGGCGAUGACGGCGAAGAGCCUUUCCUCCGUCGCCUGCUCUCCCCCGAGCUGGCGAGAAAACUGGAGCAAGUGGAGACGAUCGAAGCGGCGAUAGAGAUCUUCCGCGCGCACUCACCGGCGUUCGCGGCUGGCGCACAAGAGUGGGGAUGUGCGCAAACAGCGCCGAAGGAAUCGAGAAACGCAGGCGACAUCCCAGAGGGGGAACAACCGGCUGGGGCCCCAGAGAGGGUGCGGCGGGUGCGGGGCGACGCCCAUCAGUCGGGCGGCGACGCGGCCGCGGCUGCAGAGUCGGAUGACGAGGAGGGCGAGCGAGCUGGUGAGCAGAGGGAGAAGGAGAAAACCAAGCGAAAGAAACACGAGCAGAGAGAGGAAGAGCUGCGCUGGAAGCUGCAGGGGAGAAGAAAGCGAGAGGAACAGGGUGGCGGCUCGCGGUCGGCGAAGAGUGAACCGAGAGGGCGCACAGAGACGGACCGAGAGGCGGGGACUCCCCGGAGGCCCGCUGGUCGACCCCUUCUCCGCGCCCAGCACUCUCGAGAGUCUCCUGAGAAUGAAGAAGGUGAGGCACGGCCGCAGGUGGGGAGAGAAGAAGACGGCGAGAGCCGUGUGGAGCGAGCAGCGGAAGCUGGAGAAGAUGGCGAACAUGACUGCGGGCGGAAGUCGAGCGACGGCGACGACACGGAAGAGGAGAGCAACGAUGAAAAGGUUUUUCGUCUCUGCAUUGCCCUCCAGGAGGGCAGCACGCAGGCCAGACAGCUGCGCAGAUUUGUCAUCUGGAACUCUGUCGCCGUUGUGAAAAUCAUCAAGAAAAAAACCAAACUCCUCUGUCGGUGCCCGCCGCCUCGAAUGAAGCGGGGGCGGCCCGCCCCUUCGUCGCUCUCGCCGACGUCGACUGAAUUGCAUCGAGCCUGCACGUCUCCGCAGUCUCCGCCGCGCGCGGACGCGCAUCCCUGCAUCGGCUGCUGCUUGCAUCGCCUUGCACAGCAGAACGUGGCCUUCCAAGCGUCCUCCGCGAGCGCAGAGUCUGCGACAGAGCGCUUGAAGGAGCGUGAUGGCGACCGCGAGAAGAAGCAGGUGCGCAGAAGGCAGAAGAAGGCCCCGGAUGCGGAGGCUCCCGCCCCAGACGGCACGGACUCGGCGUUGGGUCCCCUAGAGCCCAGAGAGGACCGUCCGUCGGUGUGCGUGGCGAGCGGCGAGGAGGCCGAGGCGGCGGAGACGGACGACGAGGAGAGUGGCAACAUGUCUUACAACGCCUCGGGGGGACGGGCGUCGAGCUUGGAGGGGCGGCCGCCGAAGGAGACCCAGGCCUCGUCGCAUCCGUCUCUCUCGGCGAAGAGGAGCUCGUUUGCGCCGGGGAGCGAGGCGCGCGCGGCCGGCGGAGAGGACGAGGAGUCGGCGAACCUGACGAUCAUGGAAGCCUGCUUCUCGUCUGCGUCCUCCGUUCUGCGGCGCGAGUGUUGGUACUCCUCCAUGGCGCUGCCUUCGCUGCUCUCCACACUUGACACACUGGUAGACCACGUCCUUCUCGGCCUCGCGGGCCGCGCGCAGAAUGAGGAUCGCCACAUAUGCCCCAUCUGCCUCGACGUCAUCGUCGACCCCGUCAUUCUGAGGGCCUGCUGCCACAGGUUCUGUUUCACCUGUCUCGCUGCGGCGGCCAUCAGCAGUCCUGCGAAGGGUGAGCUGCCCAAGUGCCCUUCGUGCCGCACCUGCAUCGUCCCCGUCGACGCCGAGGCGGCUGUGGGGUGCGCACGGGGCGUGGGGCCGCUGGGGACCGGGCCCCAGGGCCCACAUCCCGUGGAGCGGGGCCUCCUUCUCCGGCCCCCCGGGCCCGGAGGAGGGGGGUCGCCGGCAGGCCUGCUCGCUGCAGGCGCGAGCCCUUCAGGCGCGGUCCCCCCGGUAGCCGCCGGGGACCCUCCAGGGUCGCCGGGCUCGCGGGCCUCCCCCGCGGGCUCGCGGCCUCCGGGACCCGGGGGAAGCGAUGGACUGCGGCCUGAGGAGGGAGGACUUGACGCCCCCCUUGCGCGUGCUUCACGUGGACCAGACGAUGGAGCCGCUGGUCCUGGAAGGGCGCGAGAACGUGUGCAUCUUCAGGGCUCCGGGACGGGCUCGGAUGGAGACAGAGACCCUGGCGAAGGCGGAGGAGACUGCUCUGUCUCUGGGUCGUCGGGGGACCUCGACUCGUGCUUGGCGUCGUCGUCGCCGCCUUCCUCCACGGGCUCGCCCUCUCUCUCGGCGACCGCGCGAGGGACGGUGGGGCCCCAGAUGGGCGUGGGCUCCUCGGGCUCGGAACGCCGAUGCAGGCCGCGACUGCCGGCGCGGCCGGAGGUGGGGCGAGGCGGAAAGGCUCCCAAAGGCGAGGAGGAGAGUCCUUUACACAGCAGCGUAAAGGCCUCGUGUGCAAAGGCGAGUCUAGUCGCCUUUAGGUCGUCCGCGGCUCGCCCGUCCCUGUCUUCGUCCUCCCUCGAAACAAACGGCGGCGAGCGAGCGAGCGGCUUGCAACGGAGUUCUUCGUCGGGCUCGUCCGGCGGAGGUAGCUGCGAGGUGCAAUUAUCCUCGCCCAUGGAGCAUUCUCGCGAGAGAGGGGCGGGUAUGGAGGUCGCGGGAGAGGAGGGAGAGAAGGGAGAGGAACGUGAAGACGCGACGGGACUCGAGAACGAACCGGCAAACCAAGGCGGGAGAGAGUGGCCGCAGAGAGUCGGCGCCGCAGGGGCUGGCGAACGCGGCGGACAGGGCCAGCGCCGCCACACAUGGGGAGAUUUGAGGAAGGACGGAAGUGCGUUUCGAGAGGACGCGUGUGUAGCUUCGCAUCCUUUGGGAGGCCCCCCUUGCUCUUAUUCGUUUGCCAGACCUUUUUGUUUGUCGCAUGCCUCGUCGUCUGCGUGCUUUUCCGCCCCAGGGGCCGAGUCGUCGUCAGUCGCUCCUUCCGGCCUCAGCGCAGGCCUCGAGGCAUCUCCAGCCGGGUCACCGGGCGCUGGCGUGAGGGAAGACGGUGGAGGCGGGCGCGGAUUCUUCUCCCUUUCUUCGCCAGAGAAGUCCGUGGCUGAUGCCGCCUCGGCUUUCAGUUCGUUCUCGUUCUCUGCCACUCCUGCCAGUUCUGCGAACUUCGGGGGCCCAGCUCCUCCCGGUUUCCCCGAGCGUCUUCGCACCCCGCCCGGCCUCUGUCGUCCGCUGCAGGUCGCGGGAGACGAGCGAGGGGAGAAUCUCGAUGCCGCCGAGACCGGUAAUCCGUGCUCCGCGGCUUCGCUGUUACCUUCUCUCUCAACGUGCUCGGAGUCCUCGUUGCUGGCGGCGCCAGCGCUCGCUCCCUCUGCGCUGCCUCGCCCGGCGCCGUCUCAUUCUUCGCGGGCCCCGGUCUCGUCCUACGCACCUCAGGACGUGCCAUUCUCUGCCUCGUCUCCCCAGUCCUGUUCGUCCGUCUCUGCUUCGCAUUCAUCGUCUUGCCCGUCAUUCACGGCAUCGCUGCGAGGGGGCGUGCCUCCUCCCCCACGGCAGAGGGCGCGCCCCGACUGUGCGGCGCAGGAGCCUUCGCCCCCCUCUCCGCUGCCGUCUCUCCGCUUCCCUCAGGCCUCGCUGCCUUCAGCUGCGGUUGACAGUCCGCCGAGAGAGAGGAGCGACGGAGGAGACCUGUUUAGGCCGCCUGCGGCUGCGUCGUCUUCAGGCGUGGCGUCCUGGCUGCUGCGUCACGGGACGCGAGAGGACGCCGGCGAGGGGAUGGCAAGUCGAGAGGGGAACAGAGAGGUCAGCGGAGGGCGCCGGCGCGCCGGCGCGCUCGGGGGCUCCGCAGAGGAGCCGGGAGACUGGAAAGGAGGCGGCGAGGGCGACGACGAGCUCGCGGAUAACAUUCUUCACUUUCGAGACGUGCGCCAGGCCCUCUUGCAGUACCGCGUGAAGGAGGCGCUCCAAGAGCUCCACGAACGAAAGCAGCGCGAAGAUCAGUUCCGGCUGCUCACGGAGCUUCUGCUCUCGGCGGACUCCACCUGCCCGCCUUCGUCGUCGCUCGAAGAGGUUCUGUGUCAGAAGGUGUCGCCGGCCGACGGAGCCGCGGCUUUCUCGUCCUUCGCGCCCGAAGCGCCGCAGCCGGCGCCGACCGCCCUCUCGUUUCCUUCCUUUCCUUCCUCCGCCGCGUUCGCUGCUGGGACGCGGGGGGGCAAGACGCCCGGCAGGGCGGCGGCGCAGGGGGGCUGCCGAGAGGCGACGGGAGCUUGCAGCCGCGGAGUUUCCUUUUCGAGGGAAGGGGACGGCGAGGCGGACGGCGGUGCCACGAGCUUGGAACUGCAGCAGGAGGAACACGUCUACAAUCAGCUUUUGGUUCUGCAGUUGUACCUGCAGCAGCAGCGCUUUCUCACUGAGCAGAGGCAAGCGAGCGGCCUGCCGUCGCCGUCUGUUUCGCAGCCGCGGGAGUUUUUGCCCUCCGCGUCUUCGCUCAACGGCUCGUCGAUCGCGUCCUCCUUCGCCGCGCCCUGCCCCCCGGGCUUCGCGGCCCCUGGGCCGCAGCCCCCCAGCGGGGUCUUCGCGCUCAUUGAGGAGCUCCGCGCGGCGGUUGCCGCCGCCACGGGCAUCGGGAGCGCCCCCUCUCCGCCGUUCGCGUCUUCCGCGUCUGUGCCGGUGCAGUCGGUCGCUGCCUUGCCUCCGCCGCCACGUGCCUUCUCGCCUCACGGAGGCAGUGGCGAGAAGCGCGCAUGCGAAGGCCAGCUGCACGAGGAGAAAGGACCCGUUCUGCUGCCUUCUCAGCGACCCUCUCCCUCGUUCAGUUCCGCAGAGAGCAGCGGGGCCGAGCGCAGCGAGGAGCUGCGCUCCUGCGGCGCCUCUGCCCCGUUCUACGGCGGCCAAGAGGCAAGAGGAGGGAGCGGCGGCAAGGGAGAAGGCGCCUGCGAGGGAAGGGCGGCGGGUCAGGCAACGGGCGUCCUUGCCGCCGGUUUCGCUAACCACGACCUCUCCGGCCUGAACCUCGACGACUCCACGCUGGCGCUCGCGCUGCUCCUGCAGGAACUGCAGAGAGAGCGCGACGGAAGGAGCGUGGAGGAGGACGGCGAUGUGGGCGAGCAGCCCUCUGAGGGAGGCGUCAGCGGCCGCACAGAGGAAGCGCGGGCGGUAGACAACGGAGCAACCCAGCGCGCCUGCCGCCCGCCCCGCGCAGUGGAGCUCCGAGCCAGCCCUCGCGACGCGUCCGCGCGCGCGCCGCCCUUAGACGCGCGCCCCGGCGUUCAGCACCACGGUGGGCUCGGGCCGUUCCCGGAGGAGCCCAGCGAGCCCCAGCAGACCGCCUUGGACGGAAAAACGCUUCAGCGAGCUGCCUGCGCGCCGGCAGAUCGCUCUCCGUGCUCCACGUCGGCGGCCUCUGGGGCGGCGGGCUCGCGGUCGCUCCCCACCGCUGCCGGCUCUUGGAGCGGAGACCCUCGACACAGCGGCGGGAGGGACGAAGGACGGAAAGGCGCUGCCGACACGCAUGGGGGGCCGGCGUCCCUGGGCGGAGUCGAGGCAAAGAGAGGCCCCGGCGGCCCGCUGCCAGCUGCGGCGGGCGAGGAGCGCGACGUGCGAACUCCGAAGGAGAAAGGUGACAAGGCGCGGGUCCGUUUGUCGCCUGCAGAACGGAAGUUCAAGCACUGCCCUCCCCCGCCUUCGCGGCCGCCUCCGCCUCCGCCUCUGCCUCCGCCGCCCCCGGCGCCGUCUUCAUUUCCGUUCUCCUCCUCGUGUCUCUCGCCUCCUUUCUCGUGUGCCUCGUUCGUUUCGUCGAGUUCGCCGUCUCCCGGCGCGCCGCCGCCUCCUGGGGCGGUCGGCAGCGAAGCAGGCGAGAAGGUGGGCUGCCGGCCGCAGACCGGCGCGAGCCCCGCGGCAAGGCCGGGGCAGGGCUUGGAGGCGCAGAGACAGGUGGGGCCGCCGCAGCAGCGCAGGGAGAAGAGGAGCAGGAAGGGGGGGGAGAAAGCCGCCUGUGCGCGGUCGACGUCGUCGAGUGUCUCGAAGGUCUCGGGGUCUGUUCGCCAGAACAGCGUUGACGCGGGCGCGGAGAAGCUUUGCAGCGGAGACGGGUCAGCUCGGCGCGAGAAGGAGGGAGACGAUGGAAGAAACGAACAGCUCGCGCUCGGCUUCCAGCCUCCGCCUCCUGUGCCUCCUCCGCCCCCUCCCCCGCCUGCCUUUGCGCCUGCUGCUUCCUUUCCCGCCACUUCUUCCUCCCUCGCGCCUGCGUUCUCGGCGCCGAGCGCGAUAUCGCAGCCGCCGCCGCCGCCCCCUCCUCUGCCUCCUCCUCCCUCGCCGCCGCCGCCUCCGCCCUACGCCUCCACACCUGGCUGCCCGUCUCCCACGGCGCCCUCUUCGGCCUCCUCGUCGACUCGCGCGUCCUUUUCUUCGUAUUCGCCAGUGACUGAAGAGGAGAGCGGCGGAGGCCAUCGCUUCCUCGCCUCCUCCUCAGUCCCCAAACAGGCGCUCAUGGCGGGGCUCCUGCCCCCGCCGGCACACGGGCCCUCUCCGCUCGCCGUUCUCUCGACGCUGUCGAAGCAACGCGCCGCCGUCCUCGCGGCGGCGUCAGGUUCUAGUCGGGCAAGACACAACGGCGGAGGAACGCCGCCUUCGUCUUCCGUGGCGGAGGUCUCCGCGUCCUGCCCACCUUCGCCGGCGUUGUUGCUUUGUGCGGGCGACUUCGUGGGGAGAGAGGACUGCGGAGCGAGAGGGGAGCAGUAG